GGUGUCCGACCGUCGACCGGGUCGCAUCUUUUUGUGCGUGUGCCACUCGUGUUCUCCUCCUCCUUUUUUUAGACAUUUUUUUUUUUAUUUUUUUUAUUUUUUAUUUUAUUUUUUUUUUGUUUCUCCUCUUUUUAUUUCAACUACCCCCAUGUUUUUAAAUUUAAGUUUGACAAAACACAUUUGAGGUUAUUCAACCCAACCGAAAUUCUAGUGUUGCGUGGUGUGUGCCUAGUGCCUGUGUGUUUGGGAAAGAAAAAAAAAAGACUAGUGAAGUGUGUGAGACAAAAUAUCGCCCCAUUCAAUGGUGGUGAUUUGUUUCUUUGGUUUUCUUGUGAGUCCAAACUUGUCUGGGCGUGAAAAAUUCGAUUGAUUCGUCAUCUUUUUUCCCCUCUCCUCCCCCCCAUUCACUCACAUACGAAAAGAAUUGACCCCAACACCAACCAAGUCGAUGGACUUGAUCGUCGUUCAGAGGGAGCUCGACUCUUCAUCACUGCCGGCAUCGAAAAUCACCUGGAAAGCCCAACAACGGCAAUGAAUCCUGUCGGGUGAACAAUUUCUCGGAAGGGGGGAGGGGGUGAUCCGUCCGUUCUCGGGGUGGGGCUGGCCCAGAGCUUUCACAAGAGCGCGCGCGCACCUGUACGAGUUGUGUUUUGGUACGCACACAAACACAAAAAUCCCUUGGAAGCUGAGGGAAGAAAAAGAGCAGGUGUUUUAUUGUUUGUUGGGAAGGAGAAGAGAGGGUGAAGAAGAAAUAAAGGAAUACGAAAGAAGGCAAUAAUCUUCCGUUAUCCCUUUUUUUCUUUUUUUUUUUUGGCCCGACUUGCCCAGCUCGGGUUGAGCUCCCACCCCAACCAGCACAACACGGACCCUCUUUUUUUUUUUUGCCAACUUGACGAAACCCAAAUUUUGCGAAAACAAAUUGUGUCGUGUGUGUUUUUGUGCGAAAAAAAGAAACAGAAAACGAUCUUGUUGUUGUUGGUGAGGGGUUUGCCGCGAUCUCGCGAUGAUGGAAGCUCCGGCUGUUCCGGUAGCUAAUCCGCAUCAUUCGAUGGAUAUUCUGGAUGAGAUUUUCGGCAGUGAAUGGUCGGCCGGCCAGCAACAAGGAAGCGACAGUCAACAACGAUUAUUAGUGGUGAGUGGCGGUGUCGAUUCGCGGACCGAUUUGGUGGUGCGUCGUAAAUGUUCUGAAUCGGCACCUGCAACUGUCCCUCCGCCUCUGCAAUCGAUCCACCACCACCAACAUCCGCCGACGUGCCUCACUCCCGGCCCGACGUUGAGCCAACACUCGACCACGGUCGAAUCGUGUUUCUCUCCGGCUGCUCCGAGCAGUCAGGAGACGAGCAGCGUCGUCGACGACAAUGACAACGAAGCGCAAGACAUUAGCGAGCACGAACACAACAACCGCAACAACCUCCACAGCAAAUCGGGUUCCGAUUUCGCUGCCGACACCACCACACCGCCGCCAAGAAGAAAUAGUAACAAUUCCAUCAGAGCGCAAAUUGAGAUCAUCCCGUGCAAGGUGUGCGGUGACAAGAGUUCGGGCGUCCAUUAUGGAGUCAUCACCUGCGAGGGCUGCAAGGGUUUCUUCCGGCGGUCGCAAAGUUCCGUCGUCAAUUACCAAUGCCCCCGACAAAAGAAUUGCGUCGUCGAUCGCGUCAACCGCAACCGAUGCCAAUACUGCCGCCUACAGAAAUGUCUGGCGCUUGGCAUGUCCAGAGAUGCGGUGAAAUUCGGUCGGAUGUCGAAGAAACAGCGGGAAAAGGUCGAGGAUGAAGUGCGUUACCAUCGAGCGCAAAUGAAAGCCCAACAGGCGGAAACGUCGCCCGAUAGUAGCGUCUUUGACAACCAACAGCCUUCAUCAUCUGACCAACUGGCGCCCUACACUGGAGGGUAUUCCAGUUAUGGCGGCGAUAUGAGCCCUUACACACCGUCCGGUUACGGAUUCACACCGACGCCUCACACCAAUCAACCAGUACCUGGUGGAGGGACUGGCGGAGGCGCUGGCGGAGGGACUGGCGGUGGAGGUAGCAGCAUGAGUAGUGGAGGUUACGAUAUUAGCGGUACGACGGAUUACGUGGACAGUACAACCUUCGACCCUCGACAGACGCCCAUCGAACCGUUGCCGGACAGCAAUUUGGUUUCGCCUGUCGUUUCCACCGGCUCUUCAAAAAUGAUGAUGCCAGACUAUCCGGGCGGAGUGACGCUCUUCCCGGCCAAGAAUCCACGGCCGGGUCCUGAUCCCGGUGGAGGUCGUGCCAAUGGACCCCCUCCUCAAUCGGUCGUCCUCGGUGGUGGUGGUGGUGGUAACGCUAGUCUCGGUCAAGUUCAUCUGAACGACCGAUCAUCGUCUGCCUCUCAUCAGCAACAAACUUCUUACCCAAGGCCUCCUCCUCUUCCUCCUUCUGGCGCACUGAUGGUGGCGGCUGGGAGCAGUGGCGGCAAGGGUGCGACCACUUCGACCACUGACGUCGAUGACGAAGAGUACUUUGAACCGAAUCCCGUUCAGAUCUCAGAACUGUUGGCCAAGACCAUCGGCGACGCUCACAGCCGGACGUGUCUCUUCAGCGGGGAGCACAUCGCCGACAUGUUGCGCAAACCGCAGGAUAUUUCUAAAGUGCAUUAUUACAAAAACAUGGCACAAGAGGAGCUCUGGUUAGAAUGCGCCCAAAGGUUGACAGCUGUUAUUCAGCAAAUUAUCGAAUUUGCCAAAAUGGUCCCCGGAUUCAUGAAACUUUCUCAGGAUGAUCAGAUUGUUCUUCUGAAAACAGGGAGCUUUGAAUUGGCCGUUUUGCGGAUGAGUCGCUACUACGACCUGAGCCAGAACGCGGUGCUGUUCGGCGACACGCUCUUGCCGGUCGAGGCUUUUCUGACGCCCGAUUCAGUUGAAGCCAAAUUGGUCUCGUCUGUUUUCGAUUUUGCCAAAAGCCUGGCCGAAUUGAAACUUAGUGAAAUCCAGCUGGCGCUCUACUCCGCCUUUGUCCUCCUCUCCAGUGCAGAUCGAAUGGGAUUGAGAGGAACAUUGGAAAUCCAGCGGCUGGGCCAGGCCGUUUUACGGGCGCUGCGUCUCGAACUCUCUCGCACGCAUCGAACUCCUUUGAAAGGCGACAUCUCUGUCGCCGAUUCCCUCGCUGCCAGGCUUCCGGCUCUUAGGGAAAUCUCCGGACUUCACAUGGAGGCGUUGGCCAGGUUUAAACGAGCCACACCUCACCUGGAAUUCCCCGCCCUGCACAAGGAACUCUUCUCCGUGGAUAGUUAAAAACACGACCUCAAAGAGUCCAGUGGACGCGCGGAAAUGUCGAUAGCGCACGUCAGGACACACACACACACACACACAAAAUAAACGUAGAGAGAGAAAAAGAAAGGAAGACGCGAAGAAGGAAGAAGACACAAGUGUAAACGUGGGAAAUGAUUGAGAAAAAAACAAAUUGUGAAACCACCGGAUUCUUCUAUUAAGAAAACAAAAAAAAAAAUCUUUUAUAUAUCAUGUGUUUAUUUUGAAUGUUUUGCAAAAAUUUCCCUCUCAUGUGUGUGUGUGUGUGUGUGUGUGUGUGGGUUUGCCGACAGGCCACCGAUUUAGAGCCACACUUUCGGGUUUCUUUUGGCGACAUCAUUUUUUUUUUUUCACUUUCUCCCUCCCCCUCCUUAAAAAUCAUUUUAAUCGGACGACAAAAUUCAGGAUCUAUAUUUGCUCUUUUUUUUUUUUUUUUUCAUUUUUCAUGGCUUUUAAAAGAAAUCAUUCCCCCCUAGCUCUGUUUCCCCUCUUUAUCUGUCCCUAUCUCUCUUAUAAUGGGUGUGUUAUUUUAACGGAUUUCAUCUUUGAAAAGGCAAAAAAAAAAGAGAAAAGGUAAAAAAAAAGGACAAAUUUAUUAUUUUUAAUUGAAGCGCCUCUCAUUAUCAAACGCGAUUGGGCAAAAAAAAAAGCAGGACUAAUUUGAAAUCUAUGGAAGCAGUUUUUCUUUGAUUUUGGUUUUUCUUUUCAAACAUUUCAAAUAUUCCCGCGCCGAGAAUCCCGCCAAUCAUCAAUGUGUAUUCAGUAUAUAUAUAUAUGUAAUGUUAGACGACCAGGUUUUUUAAUUGGCGAAA